CUCGCCUUCUUUCUCUUGUUUCAAUCGCCAGCGGAACCGUUUCGGACCCUUGAGGUUACCACGGCUUCGCUCUGUUGAAGAUGGUUGGGAAUGCCAGCACCGAAGGAGUGUUCAUUGCGUGCGACAUACUAAUGGCACAACUCAUCAUCCACAUGAAUGAUUUAAAGGCACCAUCCGAGAAGUUCAUUGUCCGUGUUUUGGACGAGAAGCAUCUCUUUGUGCUACCCGAUGCUGCUGGUAUGAUAAGAAAAGCCAUUUCCAAGUCCAGAAAACAGAAUUCGUUUCAGAGGCCUUCUUAAAUUCCUUUCAACUUCGAU